UCCCGGGCUUUUGAAAUUGGAAAACUGCAGAUUGUGUUUUUUCAUCGACAGUCCCUGAAGGUAUUAUUCUGGCCGUUAGAAACGUUUAUGUUUCCAGAAUUUUAAACUGUUUUAGGUUAGUUUUCGGUCCAACUGGUCGUAUAGUGAUCGAGACAGAAGAAACAUGGAAGGUUCCGACGACGAGCGGUUAGAACCGAUCCGGAUGUUGGUCCAACGGAGCUUCAGACUGGACCCGGACAAAUGGCGGGACUUUGUGUCGGAGAGCAGCAACAGGACGGCUCUGACCAGGUUCAUGAGCAGCCCGGAUUAUCUGCUGUUCUUCCACCUGCAGCCGGACUCCGGGCUCCAGGCCAGCCUCGGCUUCCCCUCGGCAGCCCAGUCCAAGGUUGUGUGCGUGUCCCGGGCAGCGCAGGAAGGCUCUGGGAAAGCUUUCAGGAUCCAGGAAUUUAGCGGAGGAAAGGCUCUGAGCGGCCUGGUAGGCCUCAGCGAGGAGGUGUCCUGCCCCCUCCUCAACAGGGUGGCGGACAGCAGCAGUUGGGCGGUGGGCGUGGCCCCGGACGCCAUGAAGCUGCUGGAGAAGCAGAAGAACGCCGCUCAGGUGGUGGAGGCUAAGGUGGAGGGACUCACCUUCCUUCCUCCACCCGACGCCCUCUGUAACCAGGAUGACCUCGACCGCUUCCUCGCACGCAGUGGCCCUGAUCAAGGUGGUGGUUGCCAUGACAACGACAACAGCAACACCAAUGGGCUGGUUCAGGACCCUUCUCCGAAAAACCUCAGCCUCACUGGCAGCAAUAACUCUGAUAACAGUCACCAUGACGAUUCUGUUGAGGAAUGUAGCAGUCUCCAUGACAAUGGUUUCCAUGUGGACCAAAAUGAACAGAAGCUGUCGGUGGCCCGUCUGCUCCACGCCUGUGAGGAGACAGUGGUGGAGUGGGUGGAGCUAGUGUCAGACUUUCUCCAGCAGGACUGGUCUGGACUGGUUCUGGACCGGCAGAAACCCGUCCCUUCAGAGGAGUUUUCCUUCUGGAAGAACCGUCUGAAGAACUUGCUCUUCAUCCAGGACCAGUUGCUGAGCGCCAAAGCCCAGCAGGUGAGCUCCAUCCUGAAGGCUGAAGACAGCAUCUACUGGGCAGCUCUGCAGGACCUCCAGAGACACGUCCAGGAAGGUGUCAGGGAAGCCGAAGACAUCACGCUGCACCUGACCCCUGUCCAGCAGAAGCUCAGCGAGGUUCUAGAGAUGGACUUCCUUCAGCUGAAGGACAAUGUGGCAGCAGUGAUGGACAAGGUGGGCCUGCUGUGGACGGGCUCCGAGUUCUACUGCCGGCCCAGAAGGACCGUGGUUCUGCUGCAGGAGAUCUGCAACCUCUACAUCCAGCUGAGCAGGGACUUCCUCCCUGGACAGGAAGUGAUCGGGGUUCUGGUGUCAGAACCCGGCCCAGUUCUCCAGGACAUCCGGCUGGUGAUCCAGACCCUUCAGGCUCUCAAGUCCGCCUUCUGUGAGCAGCAGACCCAACUGGAGCACCAGAACCAGAACCAGAUCCAGGCUACGCCUACUCCCAGCUGGACCUUCCCGUCUCACCUGGUCUUCUUCCACCUGGACACCUUCCUGAACCGCCUGCUCAGCAUCCAGGAAGUGCACUUGGUCACAGCACGGUUCUACCAGCUGGACCAGGCGGUUCUGAGCGGCGCCAGCGGCACCUUGCUCACCGUCGGGAUCCAGCAGGUGUACCAGGACUUCCUGGUCCAGGUGAGGCUGCUGUCGGCCUGCAGCUGCGACCCCACCGACCCGGAGGACCAGACCUUCGAGCUGGAGCUGGACCAGUUCUGGGAGCAGGUUCUGGACCUGGAGACCCGCCUGGUGUCGGUUCUGAGCAAGGCCCUAGAGGACUGCAGCGAGGUGGCGUCCGCUGCCAAGGUGGUGAAGAUGUUCUGGUUCUUCCUGGACCGGCCCCGGGUCCAGGACCAGCUGCCUCCCUGUCUGGCCCGGCUGGAGGAUCAGGUUCUUUCGGACCUGGACCGGACUGAGCUGGAGUUCUACAGCCAGAAGGAAAAACCCGAGCGGUGGUUCCGGUUCUGCCCGGCCGGUGCCGCCCGACUCUGCUGGAACCGCCAGCUGCGGCGCCGUACCCAGGAGACCCUGAGGAGCUUCAGGACCAUCCAGAACCUGUGUGGGGGCGUGGCCCUGGCGCCGGCGCUGCUGCAGAGGGCGGAGCAGGUGGUGGAGCUGCUGCAGGACUUCAGAACCAGCACCCGGUCCGAUUGGAGCGCCGGGCUGGAGGAGGACUGCGGUUCCGUCCUGAACCAGAAGCUGGUCCAGAUCGACCCGCCGACCCACCUGGAGGUGGCCGGCAGGAAGCAGCUGGAGGCGGUGCUGCAGCAGCUGCGCUACGUGAGCAGAGAGGGCGGCGUGGCGCUGCGCCCCAACGCAGACCGCCUCCUGCUGGCCAGAGACGACAUCACACGCACCUUCGUCCUGCUGGACCAGACCGUGUCCUGCUACAACCAGGUGGUGGGCGGGGCCAUGGAGGCGGAGCUUCCUCUGAUCCAGGAGCAGCUGCAGCAGCUGAAUGACACUCUGAGUGAAUUGCAGAGCAAGACGUGGAUCUGUAAAGGUGUGCAGCAGGAGAGCCAGCAGGCGUUGGCCGUUCAUUCCAGCAUCACAGAAGCUCGAGCCAACAUGGACGCCAUGAGAACCAUUGCACAGGGGUGGGCAGAGCUUGACCUUCUGCAGCGUUCAGGUGAUUCUCUGCUGGAGAGCAGCGUUAACGAUCAGAUCUGCAGAGGCAUCAAGACAGACGGGGAGCAGCUGCUCAGCCUGACACAGGUAAAUAGGCGUCUGUACAGCGCCGAUGAGGCUUCUGAGGCCUGGACCGGUUACCUGGACUACAUCGACGACCGAGUCCAGGACGGCCUGCUGCAGCUGCUGCACAGAGCCCUGCGCUUCCUGACCAACAGCAUGAACACACAGCAGAGCGGUGGCGCCGCCCUGCUGGCCGUGUCUCUGCAGCUGCAGGACUCCAGAGGACUCGUGUUUGAACCGUCGAUAGACGACGGCCCCGCCGCCUUCCUGAAAACCAUCAUCAGGGAUGUUUACGGCGCCGGUGCUCUGGUUCCCAGGAUCUCCGUUGGUCGCCAUGGUGACUACCAGGAGAGCCUGCGGCAGAACCCAGAGCUGUGCGCUCUGGAACAAGAAGUGAUGACGAGGCUGCUGCAGGUGAAGGAGGAGGCAGAGAAGCUGAGGGCGGGGCUGGACAGGUACGCUCACCUGUGGCUCAGUGACAAGCAGGCCGUGUUCCAGGAGUUCCUGGCCUAUGGCAAGCCGCUGGCAGUCGGGGAGGUCGAGGCUGACAAGAACCCACCCAGCCUGAAGGACUUCCAGAGAGAGAUCCAGGUGCUGCUGACCAUCAGCUCAGAGGUGACUCACCUGGACGAGGGUGUGGUCCUGCAGGGCUGGCUGCAGGUGGACAUGCAUCCCUUCAUCACCUGCCUGCUGUCCAUCAUCCUGGACUGGAAAGACAUGUACACCGACUUCCUGCUGGAGUCGGCCACCAACAGCCUCCAGCAGGCGACCCGACCCCAAGACCGAGGCUCCGCCUCCUUCGACCUGACGGACACCAUCCUGCUGCUGGAGGUCGCCGGGGUGGAGCUGCCUGAACACCUGGCCGCCAAGCUGCAGUGAGCGACGCUCUGUAGCGCCUGACGUUCCCGCAGCAGCCACCAGGGGGCGACGCAGAGACUCAAUAAAAACACAAACAUGAACCUGGUCUCUGUUUACCUCUGCAGACCGGACUGGGGUGGAGGAGCAGCAACACUGGUUGUACUGGGAACCAGUACAAACUUUAGAACCAGUGGAACCAAUAAAACCAGUAGAACCGGGUCGGUAUUCAGAGUCGAACUCAGCAGAUAAAUUAGUGAUUUAUUCUGGAUUAGAGCAGACAGGAGGAACUGAGGCACAGUGAUGAGAAGUUACAGAGAAACGUCAGCUAAAAAAAUAAAGAUCAGAGUCCUU